AUGUUACCUGAAACUUAUGUGAAAGGUUUUCACGAUGAAGAACAAAUUCAGAAAAUGACUUAUAAUGAUUUUGGAAAUACUGGAUUAAAAGUAUCAACUAUAUCCUUUGGUACUGGAGUGUUUUGCUAUGCAUAUAAUGACAUAGAUUUGGAAGAAUGUAGGCAAACUUUAACUCGUGCCCUUAAAAGUGGUAUAAAUUACAUUGACACAGCCCCCUAUUAUGGCCAUGGAGAGUGCGAAGAGAUUUUAGGCCAAAUAUUGCAAGGUAUUCCAAGGCAAGCCUACUACAUUGCAACAAAAGUGUGUCGUUACAACAAAGAAAUUAAAUCCCAAUUCGAUUUUACCGCUGAAAAAGCCAAAGAAAGUAUCGAUUUGUCUUUAAAAAGACUCAAACUGGAUUACGUGGAUAUUUUACAAGUGCAUGAUAUCGAAUUUGCUCCUUCCUUGGACAUAGUUUUAAAUGAAACCUUACCAGCAAUUCAAGAAAUUGUAAAUUCAGGCAAAGCUAGAUUUAUAGGUGUAACUGGCUAUCCUGUAAAACAAUUAGCUGACUUGGUUGCAACCAGCAAAAUUAAACUAGAUGUUGUUUUAUCUUAUGCCCGACUAACUUUGUUUGAUGACAGUUUGAGCCAAUACUUACCACUUUUUAAAAAACACAAGUUAGCUAUUAUCAAUGCAGCAGCACACGCAUUGGGGCUUUUGACCAAUACAGGCGAAAAACCAUGGCACGUAGCUUCGAAACAUAUCAAAGAUGUUUGUGCCCAAGCUAGAAAACUAUGCGUACAAAACGACAUUGAAUUGGGCAAAUUGGCAUUGUGGCAUAGCUUGCAACAACAAGGCCCCGAUACCACCUUAAUUGGCAUAGACUCCCUUAAAAUUGUCGAUUACAGUUUGGAAGUUUUACACCAUGGACUAAAUGCUGAUGAGCAAAGAGUAUAUAAACAAGUUUUAGAGAUCUUUGCAACAAAUUUAAAUGAAAAACAUUGGGAAAAUUAUGAAGUUAAUAAAUAUUGGGAGUUGAUAAGGAUGUUGUCUUAG